UCUCUGUAAUUUCUUGGUGGGUGGUGCCGUGGUGGUGGUAGACGAUUAAAAAGUUUCAAGCUCUUUGAAUGUAUCCAUUCAGCCAUCCAAUAUAAAUACCAAACCAGUAGUCAUAAUAACUCCCAGUCUCGUCUUCAUUCACCUUUCCUCGUUUUCUCUCUUCUAUUUCUCAGCUUCAUAAGUAGGAAAAUUCUCCCAAUUAACAAAGAAUAGAUUAUUUCCAAUUUAGAUUAGAUAGCUUUUUUUGAUUGAAGAUGGCGUCUAUCAACCCUUCUUGCUCUAUGAUUACUACUCCCUCCCAUUCACAAGGGAGAAAAUAUUUUAACUGGUUCAAUGGGCUAAGAUGUGAUAACUUGGUUGGAGCAAAUGCAAACACUUCCAAUUUUUCCAUGAUUAGACUGAGUAAUUCACGUAAAGGUGGCAGUAGACUUAGAGCUGCAGUUGUUUCUGGGGAUGAACAGGCUAAAUUAUCAGGUGCAUUUGAGACCCUGGCAGCAGAUAUGAUUCCUACAACUGAUGAUUUCUUUAUGGACAAGGAUGAACCCGAUUGGGAUACGCCAACGGGUGGAUUCGCUUCCGUUGAUGAGGCCAUUGAAGAUAUUCGUCAAGGCAAGAUGGUCAUUGUUGUGGAUGACGAAGACAGAGAAAAUGAAGGAGAUCUAAUAAUGGCAGCAGAAUUAGCAACUCCUGAAGCUAUGGCGUUUAUUGUAAAGCAUGGAACUGGAAUUGUGUGUGUCAGCAUGCAAGGAGAAUACUUGGAUAGGUUACAGCUUCCUUUAAUGGUUCAGACAAAGGAGAACGAGGAGAAACUUUGUACGGCAUUCACAGUAACAGUGGAUGCAAAACAUGGCACAACCACGGGAGUGUCCGCCCAAGAUAGGGCAAAGACAAUCUUGACUCUUGCAUCAAGAGAUUCUAAACCCGAGGAUUUGAACCGUCCAGGACAUAUUUUCCCUUUGAGGUAUAGGGAUGGAGGUGUUCUCAAAAGAGCAGGGCAUACUGAAGCAUCUGUUGAUCUUGCAGUCUUGGCCGGGUUUGACCCUGUUGCGGUUCUCUGUGAGAUCGUUGAUGACGAUGGUUCCAUGGCAAGAUUGCCAAAGCUUCGUGAAUUUGCCCAGCGAGAGAAAUUGAAAAUUAUAUCAAUUGCUGAUUUAAUCAGAUAUAGAAGGAAGUCAGAUAAACUGGUCGAGCGGUCCUCUGUGGCACGUAUACCCACCAUGUGGGGACCUUUCGAGGCCUACUGUUACAAGUCAAUGUUAGAUGGAAUUGAGCAUAUAGCCAUGGUGAAAGGUGAUAUUGGGGAUGGUGAAAACAUUCUUGUAAGGGUACACUCCGAGUGCCUUACCGGAGACAUAUUUGGGUCGGCAAGAUGUGACUGUGGGGAUCAGCUUGCACUUGCCAUGAAACAAAUUGAGGCAGCUGGAAAGGGUGUGUUGGUGUAUCUGCGUGGGCACGAAGGAAGGGGAAUUGGUCUCGGCCACAAGCUUCGUGCGUACAACUUGCAGGAUGAUGGGCGGGACACAGUAGAGGCAAAUGAGGAGCUUGGAUUACCUGUUGAUUCACGAGAAUACGGCAUUGGCGCGCAGAUAUUACGAGAUGUCGGUGUACACUCAAUGAAGUUGAUGACGAAUAAUCCAGCGAAGUAUGUUGGGCUUAAAGGUUAUGGUUUGUCAGUUGUGGGCAGAGUUCCGUUGUUAACCCCAAUCACAAAGGAUAACCAGAGAUAUUUGGAGACAAAACGGAAAAAAAUGGGCCAUGUAUACAACUUUGAAUUUAAUGGUCGCCUUAACAAUCUCAUAAGUGGUAAUGAGCAGUAACCUCUUCUGAUAAAUCUGACAAGGAUUAUGUACUUCAACUCGUGAUCUAAGGAAGCCCCAGAUGCGUAUUUUUCCAGUGAGAUGAAUCGUGAAUGAUACAAACGAGAGUACUUUUUAUACGGCAGGUAAGCGGUAUCAGACAAAUAUUUGAGCUCAAAUAAGUUGCCCUUGUUUCAUUUAGUUAUGGAAGUCCAAAAUUACUAAUCCACUGCGUUGAUUCUUUUUCCUUCUAAAAGAAAUUAUUUUCACUGAUGAUAUUGUAAAUUAUUGAGGAAAUGUUCACCAUUAAUGGAAGCUUGCUUAUUUCUUUGCCA